AAGAAGAUUUAUAUUUUUUUAAGAGAGAAUGCUGUUUUUAUGUAUAGUUGGAAGUAUUUUAUAGUCUUCUUGUAAUAUGCGUAUGCGUGUGUGUAAAUUAUUGUUACUCCAAAGUCAACCAUGACUGUAGAUUUUGAGAAUUCAACUGUUUAUAUAUAGAACCACAAGUGUGAUCCCUCACACCAAUAUUUCCUCUUAACAAACUCAAAUCAAGAAUUGCUCACUCAAACAGUCACUGCCCCCAUAACCAUAAACAAAAAUGGUGGUUGCUGCUUCUGCUGCUGCUCUUGGUAUACUUGGUUUCGCAGACAUGAAGAGCCUCUCCGUCCAAGUCAUCACCGGCCGUUGGUUCAUGGUCUUCGCUUCAUUACUAAUCAUGGCUGCCGCUGGUGCUACCUACAUGUUCAGCCUCUACUCCGGUGAUAUUAAAACUGCUCUUGGAUAUGAUCAAACCACCCUCAAUCUACUCAGUUUCUUCAAGGACCUCGGCGCAAACGUCGGUGUCCUCUCCGGCUUGAUCAACGAGGUCACUCCUCCUUGGGUUGUACUCUCAAUGGGAGCAGUCUUGAACUUUUUUGGGUACUUUAUGAUAUGGCUAGCCGUGACCAGAAAAAUAACUGGCGUCCAUGUCUGGCAUAUGUGUUUGUACAUAUGCAUAGGUGCCAAUUCUCAGUCAUUUGCCAAUACUGGUGCUCUUGUCACCUGCGUCAAGAACUUCCCAGAAAGUCGAGGUGUUGUUCUUGGGAUCUUGAAGGGUUAUGUUGGUCUUAGCGGAGCAAUUAUUACCCAAUUAUAUCAUGCCUUUUAUGGUGAUGAUUCUAAGUCUUUGAUUUUGCUUAUUGGUUGGCUUCCUGCUGCUAUCUCUUUUGCCUUCUUGAGAACCAUUCGAAUCAUGAAGGUAAUUCGCCAACCUAGUGAGCUCAAAGUCUUCUACAAUUUUCUCUACAUUUCUCUUGGCCUUGCAGGGUUUUUGAUGAUGAUAAUUAUAGUAGAGAAAAGGGUUAAUUUUACUCAGAGUGAGUAUGGAGGUAGUGCAGCUAUGGUUAUUUUCUUGCUCUUUUUGCCUCUAGCUAUUGUUGUUAUAGAAGAAUACAAGAUCUGGAAGAGCAAGAAACUAGGCUUGGAUGAUCCUCCACCUUUGAAAAAUAUCAUCACAGACAAGCCUUGUCAAGACACUACCUCAGCAGCCUCUGAUCCGCCAAGUGACUACAAAGUUUUGGUCACAGUAACAGAGUCUGAGGACAAAAGCAAUGUUUCCUGUUGGAGAACUGCUUUUCGGCAGCCGGAUAGAGGAGAGGACUACACCAUACUACAAGCUCUUUUUAGCAUUGAUAUGUUAAUUCUCUUCUUAGCUACAAUUUGUGGUGUUGGAGGCACUUUGACAGCUAUAGACAACUUGGGUCAGAUAGGGACUUCUUUAGGGUACCCUGAAAGAAGUAUAAGCACUUUUGUGUCAUUAGUUAGCAUAUGGAAUUAUCUUGGUAGAGUUGCAUCAGGUUUCGUUUCUGAACAUUUCUUAACCAAGUUUAAAUUUCCUCGCCCUUUAAUGCUCACUUUAAUCCUUCUAUUUUCAUGUGUGGGUCACCUUCUAAUUGCCUUCAAUGUUCCAAGUGGGCUUUAUGUAGCAUCCAUCAUUAUUGGGUUCUGUUUUGGUGCUCAAUGGCCAUUGCUUUUCGCUAUAAUCUCAGAAAUUUUCGGUCUCAAGUACUACUCUACAUUAUACAAUUUUGGGUCUGUGGCUAGCCCUAUUGGGUCAUAUUUGCUCAGUGUGAGAGUUGCAGGGUAUUUGUAUGAUAGAGAGGCAAAGAAGCAAUUGGCAGCUCAGGGACGUGUAAGACAACCUGGUCAGGACCUGAAUUGCAUUGGGACUGAAUGCUUUAAGUUAUCCUUCAUUAUAAUUACUGCUGUAACAUUAUUUGGUACUUUUGUGUCACUUAUUUUGGUGCUUAGGACAAGAAAAUUUUACAAGAGUGACAUCUACAAGAAGUUCCGGGAGGCAGCUCAGGCGGCCGAGACUGAAAUGGCCAUGGCUAGAAAAGGCGUCGGAAAUACAAGUGAAGGCAGCUAACUAAAUUUCUGAAUUCAAUACCAAGGAAGCCAGAAUUAAAUGAAAAAAAAAAAAAGAUUUACUUUAUUAUGUAGCUUAAUCAAUAUUUGAAUACACACAAAAAAGAGUAAUUUUUAUGUAAAAUUCAGAUGUGCAAUCGAUGACUCUCGCAUUAUCUUUCUAUGUACCGUCAACGGUUGAAUAGCAAGAAACCAAUUACCUGGAAGAAGUUCGUGUAUAAUUUGUCAGGUUUCUGUAUUUAUGUGUUUGUUUA